AUGUAAAAAUAAUAAGAUGAAUAGCAGGAUGGUUUUGUGAGUUUUAUGCUGGAAAAAGAUGAUUCUUAACUAAUUAAUCAUGAUGAAACAUUUCUUAAGGAAAACAAUAAUUAGGACUAUUAUUUAUAAUUGAGUCGACAGUUUUAUGGCUAAAGCUAAAGAAAAGAUAGUACUUAUGUUACAAUAACAAAAGCUAAAAAAUCUACAUAGAUAAAUCCAGGUGUGUUGAAAUAAAAAAUUAUAUAAAGAGCGAUUAUUACAAAUACAUAAAGAGGAAAAUUCGCUGCUUCUGUACCUACUGUCAGUGAAUAAUUGUAAAAGGUAUUAGUUUCUUGUAAUUAUCUAUUCCCCUAUUAUAGUAGAUCUAAAAGCUCUUAUCGUCAAGUAAACCUAAAAAGUAACCAAACAUCUAAACUAGCUUUAACAAUAAAUUUACUUUAAACAAAUAUAUUAGCUAAAUAAAAAAUUCUAACAUCUAACAGCAUCCUUUUAAGCUUAAUUUACCAAUCACAAAUAAAAAAAUAAAUAUAUAUGAACCCAGAACACAUAGACUAAGAAUAGAAGAUUCUAAUUAAGACUAAUUAAAUCAAUUUACAUAAAAUUCUCAUAGAAGUACACUAAAUAGUAGUACAAAAAGCACAACAAAAUUAGAAAAAAAUUAUGAUAUUUCUUAUCCAAUUAAAACUGAAACAGGAGAUGACAAUAAAAUAAAUAUAUUCAAGAUUUCAUAUAGAAAUAAAUAAUAAUGA